AAUCAUAUAAUUUUAACAGUCAUUACAAAGGAAUCAUACAGUAUAUUAAAUUUUAUAUCAUUGUUUACUUCAUAUAACUUUGACUGCAUAUAUAUACCUUUGUAUAGGAGAUAACAUUAUCAUGUUACUGUUUUAAAAGGACCAGAUACAGUCUGCAACUGCACAGAAGAUUUACAUCCUGGAAGACAUCGAAAUUAGAAAAUACAAAGAUGGAGGGAUCUAUGGCAAGGCAAGCAUUUUGUGUGCCAAGACCUACUUUGGAUGUGUGCAUGACUUAAUCGUAACAAAUGAGGCCAUCUUCCCAAAGAUAAGGGCAGACAGCUGCUACUUAGUAGUUGACUACCUCUUGCUUCAGAAUGGACUGCUGAAAAUGACAGAGGCUACUAAACUAAUGGACACAGCCAGGCCCACAAUUAACCAAUCGGUUGUCACCCAGUGGAAAAAUCCACAGCUGGUUAAGGUAGCAGAACUGACAGCCCUGAAAAAGGGCGACAGGGUGUCAAUUAAAGGAACUGUGACGAAGGUGUCACCACUGCUGGAAACCGAAGUCAGCAAAAGAAAGAUCAUUUCAAUUGAAGAAGACGGAAAUGUGGUGGAAGUUAAACUCUGGAAUGAGGAAAGCAACAAAGAGUGCCCUGUAGGAGAAAUUGUCAAGCUGAAAUGUCUGUCUGUGGAUAUUUACAAGGAUAAAUAUUCAUUAAAUUCAACCAAAAACACAACCUGUGAGAUUCUGCAGGAGGAUGACGACUUUGCUGGAACAAUUGAAGCUGCAAAUUUUGAUCAAGCUGGACAAAGCGUAUACAUUAAUGGUAUGAUUCUGAAAGUAGAGGAGAGAGACCUCGACAGAAUUUUUCCUUUGGGAAUGUUCACAGAGAAUGUCUCAAUUGCUGGGAAAAAAAGGGGCUCCACAAUAACAACCAUUGAGACAAUCACCCACAAAGAUUCUGAUUGAAUUGAAGGCAAAUUCGAAAAAGAUGGUUACCAGAGGAGAAGAUGAUCAAGGCAUUGAUUACAGCCAAGUAGCUGAGCCUGUCAGUAAUUCCGUAGAGUUCCAUAGAAAACCAAUCAAUGUAGGAAUAGAAGUGUUAAUUUUUUAAUGUGACUGUCAUCCAUGACCAUUCCAAUUGAAUAAAGAAAGAGCAGGUUUUCUGACACCAUAACUAGAACAGAAGAUGUUCAAGAUUGGAAACUGUAGCUUUAAAUCAGCUAAAUAGCUAUAAGUAAGGCCAAAAAUAUAUACUUUUGUUUCCAGUCACUUAACUGUCCCUACAUUUUACCACCUGACCCAAAAAGUUUUUAUGGCAGAUAUUGUGAUCAAUAAAAAACAAGUAUUAUUCCCCUUAAUUUCUCUGAAAAUGAUCCCAUUUGUUUUUUUAUCACAG